AGAGAGAGAGAGAGAGAAAGAGAGGAGGGGGUGGCGGCGGGUCGCACUUCCGCCUCGGGGAGUGUCGACGGGUCUCGCCGGGGGGGUUGAGGCCGGAGAAGCGUGUGCGCGUGCGCACGCCCGCACCCCAGGACGUGGAAGCGCCGGGCGACAGGACAUCUGGAGCUAUUUUGCUUUCAUUGAAAACGUGUUCACAUCAAUAACAACUAUGCAUUAAUGAGAUACUGAAGGGAGAGAAAGACCAACUAAAAGAAUGAAUAGUGAAGAGGAAUUUUAUGAUGCUGUCACAGGCUUUGAUUCCGAUAAUUCUUCAGGAGAAUUUUCAGAAGCAGUUCACAAAGUUGAUGUGGAUGACCACCCGAGUAACAGGACUGGAAAGCAUAAUGGCGACGGCCCAGUGCAAGAGAACGGAAUCAAGAAACACAGAACAUCUUUACCUGCCCCAACAUUUACUAGGAGUGAUUUCAGUGUCUGGGGUAUCUUAAAAAAAUGUAUUGGAUUGGAGCUGUCAAAAAUUACCAUGCCCAUUGCCUUCAAUGAGCCCCUGAGCUUCCUUCAACGAAUAUCAGAAUAUAUGGAGCACACAUACCUCAUUAAUAAAGCAAACUGUCAUUUUAACCCUCUAGAAAGAAUGCAGGCCGUUGCUGCUUUUGCGGUGUCUGCUGUCGCCUCUCAAUGGGAGAGAACAGGCAAACCAUUUAACCCUCUCCUUGGAGAAACCUAUGAAUUAAUCAGGGAUGAUUUAGGUUUUAGGUUAAUUUCUGAACAGGUCAGUCAUCAUCCACCUGUCAGCGCAUUUUACUCUGAAGGCUUAAACCAGGACUUCGUUUUUCAUGGCUCAAUUUAUCCUAAAUUGAAAUUUUGGGGGAAGAGCGUAGAAGCAGAACCCCGGGGAACCAUAACAUUGGAACUGAUAAAACACCGCGAAGCUUACACUUGGACUAACCCUACCUGUUGUGUACAUAAUGUAAUUAUUGGCAAGCUCUGGAUAGAACAGUAUGGAACUGUAGAAAUUAUAAAUCACAGUACUGGAGAUAAAUGUAUUCUUAAUUUUAAACCAUGUGGGCUGUUCGGUAAAGAGCUUCACAGAAUAGAGGGCUACAUUCAAGACAAAAAUAAGAAGAAACUCACAGUGAUCUAUGGAAAAUGGACAGAAUGUUUGUGGUGCAUUGAUCCUUACUCUUACGAAAACUACAAGAAGAAUGAGAGGAAAGGUGGCGAUCAGAAGAAACCAAAACCGAGAGAUGAACCUGAAAAUGAUGAAGCCGAUGAUAUGCCGGAGAUUCAAGAAACUGUGCAAGUUAUACCUGGCAGCAAGCUACUUUGGAGGAUAAGCUCAAGGCCAUCAAACUCAACACAGAUGUACAAUUUCACCAGUUUUGCUGUCACUCUCAAUGAAUGGGAGAAGGGCAUGGAAGAUAUAUUGCCUCCUACUGACUGUCGGUUAAGACCAGACAUAAGGCAUAUGGAGAAUGGAGAGAUAGAUCAGGCAAGCAAAGAAAAAGAGAGGCUAGAAGAAAAGCAAAGAGCUGCUCGUAAGGAUCGUGCAAAAGAGGAAAUUGACUGGAGGACAAGAUGGUUUUACCAAGGCACUAAUCCAUAUACUAGGACUGCUGACUGGUUAUACUCGGGAGGAUAUUUUGAUAGAAAUUUCUUUGACUGUCCAGAUAUCUAUUGAAAACUUUGAAUGCAGUUGCUCUUUUGCCCAGAAAUUGGUAGACUUAAAUGAGUCCAGCGGCUAUUGGGCUAUGUCAUGACAAGAAAAUAAUGUAUUUUCCUAAAGCAAUGAAAAUCAUCCAUCACUGAUCAAGGUUUUGUCAUGUACAUUUGCCAAAAUACUGAAGUGCUGUUACUCAUUUUUCUGAAGUUGCAACAUGAAAUUUGUAAUGGGGAAAGAUGCUUGCAUGUUUUUGUUAGCUUCCUUCAAUUUAUCAUUUCAUGUUUUAUUUUUAUUUUUUUUGGCCAGAAUUAACUCAGUAUAACCGGUGGGAAAAUAGUUCCUUUCUUAAAAAAGAAAAGAUAGGUACUUUUUAAAAUAAAAUAAAAUUGAACAAUAAAAGAUAUCUUCAAAGUAUUCAUAACUUGGAGGCCACAGGGACACCUUAGCCUAACAGAUAUGCCGCUGGUCCAAUUGGAAAAAGUUUCUAGCAAGAAUCCAGAGUGACUCAAAAUUCACAGGAGUAACACUCCACAGGAGAACACUCCUAACUUUUAAAAGUUUGACAACAUACAGUAGAGAUAGACUUAAUUUUCAGGAGCGAUUUCUCCAUUUUGCCCAGCCUCUGAGUACUAUGAUUUAUUGAUUCAAUGAAGUAUCUAUGAUUUUAUUUUUAUAAAAGGAACUACUCCAUUGAAUGUUGGGCUGGUUUGUAAGUGUGGAUAACAGCAAACUCUUGUGUGUUUGAAGUUGCAAAAUGUUUUGUCUUAAACCCCACUUUGGAGAUAUUUAUAAGAAAUUGGAUGUCAUGUAAAUAAUCAUGUAAGAAAUCACACUCCUUGCUCUGUUCAGAAAUGUUGUUUGUUUGCAGUUCUGCUUUGGAAGACUGAUUUUCCCAUUCAUUUCAUAACACGGGCAUCCUUCUUCCUUUUUCAAUUUGCCUCGGAUACAUUCUGCAAAAGUUCAUAUUUAUUUUGGGCUUUUUCCCCCCACGAAUCACUUGCUUGCAUCACAACUGAUAACAGGUUUUUGAACAACAAUUUCUUAGUUUGUCCAAUGCUGAAUGAUACAGUGGAAGCUUUUAAUGCAUCUCCACUUGGUAGAAUUUCCUUGAGAAUAAGUGUAGGCUUUGUCAUUCUGAAGCUGUUUGGAUUGAGAGGGAAGGAAUGCUUUUUUAUUUCUAACACACAUUAAUGAGAAUAUGUGGCUUUAUGAAUAAGUUAAUAAUUACUAGAUUAUUAUUUACCAAAUUGGAGAUGAUUUACCUUGUUGUUAAAUGGUAAACCAGCAAGAGAAUAAUAAUUUAAAAGGGACAGUGAAACGAUUAAGAGAUUGGAUUAUAAGUGCCAUGAACAUUUGUCUAUGAUACAGGAAUAUUUGAGUGUUUUUUAUUACAUUUCAAGCAAAAAAACCCAUAAAAAUACUUGAGGCAAUAAAGUAUACUUUUAAGAGAAUUGAUUUGGACAGGCACUAGUUAACUCUAAGUUUUAUGUUAUUGGUUAUCUACAUUUGCUAAAUAUUGCAGCUUCGAGUUCAUUUAUUGUAUUAGGGGCUUCAAAAUGCUUCAGUAGUCCCUCUCUUGAAGUCAUUUGCAUCACAGUAGUCUCCCUGUAUUUCAAUAUAUUGCCUUUUCCUUCAUAAUGUUACCCAUGAAUCAGUGCAUAUUUUAUUGUUAACAGAUUAAUUUAUCUAUUAUGUAUCCCAGUCCAGAAACUCUCGGGCCCUUCUGUUUUUGAUAGGAACAGUGAAUAUUGGUUCCAGCAGUCAUUUUUGUGCUUUAAGCCCACUAUAGAAUUGGCUGUUUAUAUUGCUCUCAUAACCCACUGAUUUCAGUAUCUGAACAAUAAGACUAUAUACAAAGACCAGCUGUUAUGAUACAGUAUUUCAAGCUCUAACCCCAGAAACAUGAAAAUAGGGGACAACAGAAGCUCACUUUUUCUCCUUUUAUUAAUAAACCUUUUGGAAAGGGUUAAGCAAGGUGGUCUGUAUGCUUAAUUUAAGCAUGCAGACAACUGCAGGUGGGUUGCAUUAAUAUCUGGAAAGAAUCAUGUUAAUUUUUUAAAUGGUUGGACUUUUUUUUUUAAAGAAGUGGCAAGCGAUGUUUCUAAAUUCCAAUUUGCUGUUGGAGGAAAAUGCAAUCUUUUAAAUUGAAAUUAAAACCGAUUUUAAAGGAAGAGUGGAAUAUUUUUCAUUCACCUUUUGUAUAAUCACUGUCUACUGAAAAUACAUUUAUAUUGGAGGUCUUGAUGACUCAUCUUCUAUAGUAUACCAACUGAGGCAUAUAUUGUAUUAUAUGUUCAUGAUUUGGUAGCUGGCUGAAAAAAUGAUGUGAAAUUAAGACUGCAGAAAAUCUGUUGUCCAGUACCAAUAGUAGGAGGCUAUUAACUUAGCUAAUUUGUUUCUCUGCAAGUAAUUGUACUGGAAAAUAAUUCCUAAGCUGCAAGUCCAUUCUCCCACAUAGGUAUAUUUCAUUUCUAACCAAUGGCAGGGUACUGUACUAAAUAUAAUGCUUCAGAACAUAUUAGAAUUAAAACGCGCACUAAAGUUUGACGACUUAAAAGCUUUAAUUAUAUUGUUUUUUUCCUUUUAGUUUGUUUACAUUUUUACCUGCACUUAUUAUAAGUACCACCAUCACAACCUAAGCACUGCCUUACAUUUGACACUUCCAUGGGGGGGGGGGGAGCACUUUUAAAAUAAAAAUAAUAAUCGUGUUAAAUAUUGAGAUAGGUAUUAACUUAAAGAAGAUAUUUUUUUAUGUGGAAAGAAAUAGUUAUUUUCUUGGCUGCUUACUUCCAUUGUGUUUACCUUGGUACUUUGUUUUGAAUUAAGGCUUGUGCAUACAUUAGCUUGACUCCAGGCCAGUGGGUCGACACACAAAACUUUUAUAUUUGCAGAAAGUGGUGUUCCCUUCAGCAUUGGGAAGAAUUCCAUACCCACAUGCCUCAUGCUAUCUCACGACACCGGAGUCAAUAAAACUGUGGAUGAAUAGCUUUUCUUGCUCUGCCAUUAGGUUGACUUCACAAUAAAUGCAGUCUUUAUCGUAGCAAGAAAUAACUACAAAGAUUAACACUACUAGACCAUUUCUAGAAUAGCAUGACCGCAGCAGGCUAUGAACGAAGAUGGAACUUCCCAUUCCAAAAUAAACCCCACUGGAAACGUAACAUGUCCACAAACCUUUGCUAGCCUUUGCUCUCUUCCUCAAAGCAACCUACAGAUGAGCAGUUAUUUUGACAUGACUUCAACAAGAUGCUUGAUCAAUGGAACACUACUAAUUCAUUAAAUUAUCUGACAAGUGAACAUUAACUGGAAAGUAUAAUUAAAAAAAAAAUAGAAGGAAAGAUAGAAAUUCCUGCUUGGUAAUGAUUUGAUUUACAUUGUUAGCCUGUAUAUGUAAAGAGAAAAGGGUAGAAAUGGCACCUUUUGGAUGAGUUUGAUAAACAUAAUUUAAGUUUCUUACUACUGCACCUUGCAUACAGUUUGGGGUGGAUUAAUACAUGGGUGCUUUCUGUUGGGCAUCUUUAAAACCCCUUGGUCCUCAAAAGUAGAAUAUUAGACUAAAACCUUCAUAAACAUAAGUUUUAAAGCAUAAGAUUAGAGAUAUUUUAAUAAAUUAAUAUACAAAUAUGUGAAUCAGUACCAUCUAGAAUUAGUUUCUGAAAGUUUUACUUUGACUCUCAGAGUUCUUACCCAAAAUUUAGAAGCUUCAGAUUACGAACUGUCAAGUAGCCUGUAAUCCUGAAAAAGACAUUGUUGUAAUAAUCCCAACAGUUCAGGUGCCUGUGUAGCUCUUCAGUUUUUCUAUGUUUGUUGUAUUUUGUGUAUUUUAAUGUUGCAAAUGUGGCUGUUCUCUUCAUGUCGUGUUUUUAAUUCUUCAUUUGAUAAUCUACUGUAACGUCGUUGCCUCUUUAAACCCUUAAGUGGUUUGGGUUUAACUGUAAAGUAAAGCAAUAUUUAAAUGCCUAUAAAAAAGCAAACAGUUCUAACAAAAAAUGAUUUUUAUGAUGUUUAUAGCAUGUGGGGAGGGGGAAAAAAAGCACACACCAUUUACCAGCUUUAAUUUCCCCAUUCGUUCUCUGCUGCUGUCCUGUUUUGUGUUUUUUAUUUUGACGUUAAUAAUCCUGUUAAUAAUAAUAAUAAAAAUAAUAAUAAUGAUGAUGAUGAUGAUGAUGUACAUGGCACAAUCCAUCUAGAAUUUCUUGGAUCAAGCCUCAUUUGGGAUCCAGGGGCUUGCGGAGAAAGAUCCCGCGGUGCCCUUCUGCAUUUUUAUGUAAGUUCCCAUGGGGCUUCUCCCAAACAACAGUGCUUCCUGGCAGAAAUAUGCCGGCUGUGGUUUUUUGCCUUAUCCAUGCUAGAUGAACCUGUUGGAAGGAUAUUAAAAAUUAAAAAAAAAAAGGCUUUAGCAAAAUGGAUUUAUUUUUAUAAUAUUUAACAACUGUCAAUACCCAACUAUAUUAACUAUUACAAAUUCGUAUUUACCUAUUUAGAGAAGUCUGUACAGGUUUGUGGACAUAAAUGUUGAAAAAAAAAGUGUCAAUGCAAAUAAAGGCUGUUUUGGAGGAGA